UGAAAAAGGGGACCUGUUGUUUGAAAAUAAAAUAAAUGUUAAAAAAAUUUGCGAUGGAAUAGCAUCCAGUGGUGACAACUUGAUUGUUUGUUACGAGUAUCCUGAUCCUGGAGUACAAAUACUGGAUAUGAAGGGAAACGUGAUAAAGGAGUUGGAAAAAGACGAUGACGGUGAGAAACUGUUCGAGUGGCCUGUUUCCCUUGCAGUAAGCCCUGACCACAGCACCAUAUACAUCGCUGACUGUAUAAAAAACACGGUGACUUCCCUCACCCAGGAUGGCCGUGUUCUCGGUGUUGUGGAUGUAAAGGUAUAUAUAAUUUACAGAUCAGGUAUAACUGUGGACUCUGCAGGUCGAGUUUACGUGUGUGGAUACGAUACUGUUUUUAUGGUGUUCCAUGAGACAAGAACCGUCAUCCCGCUACUGGAGAUUAAGGACAGGAUAAAGGAUCCCUGUAUGGCGGUCUGUGAUAAAACACAACGUUUGUACUUGUCGUUACGGGACAGAAAUGUAAUUCAAGUGUUCGAAAUGGCAAAACACACUACGUCCUGACAAUAUAUGGUAAUAUGAGAUUUCGACGUGGCACGAACUGUUUCUAGUUUAAAUUAAUUUAUAAUAAUUGUUGUCCAUUAUAUCAUAUGCAAACAAUCUUAAACUUUUAUUUGUAACAGAUUAUUUAAUCCAACUUUAAAACAAAACAAAUCGAGUGUGAUGACGUAGAUAAGGGACACCCUGUAAAUAAACAAAACAACUUAUAUACAUUAUUAUUAUUAUUAUGUCUGUUUCUACAAUAUAGUGGUUUAUUCAGUUUAAUAAUACUUUUGUGCAUAUCUUAAUGAGAUCCUUCAAAUUCUGCUUUCUUUUUGUUAAUAUUUAGUUCCGCUCGACUGUGAAAAAGUCGGGGUAUCGUCACAGCUUUGGUAGGGACGUCGAAAUUACCGUCGUCUAUAUGUUUUGGCAAUUGCUCAGAAGCCAUUUAAGUAAAGGCUACUUUUACUAGAGUUAUAUAUCAAUUCACAUUUAUGCGCAAUCUUACCCCCCCCCCCACCCCCUAAAUCUUCCAAGUUUACUUUUUAUUUCAAUAAAGGAGAAAAAGUAGUUAAAAAUACACCCAUAAUGCAAAACUUAUGACUAGAAAUUGUAUAAAUAUUCUUGGGGGUACCCUACUCCCCCCCCUUCCAAUACUUCAGACCGUAUAAAAUUUUGUUCUCAGGGAGGGGCGAAUGUCAAAAGAUUACGCCUCUUAAGAACGCCUGAGCCCACCCCUGGGUACAUUAGUUUAUGAACAUAAUUCAACAACGUUUCUGUUUAAAGUUAGAAAUGUAAAUGAAAUGUAAAAGUGUGUUAUAUAUUCAUUGUGCAUGUUAAGUGCGUCAUAAAUGGAUUUACGCUUUUUGGGAUGAAACUUUGAUAAUAAAAAUGUGCAUCUGUUUACUGUGAAUGAUCAUUUACUUUUGUAUGAUUUUUAAUGAAAAUUAAUUACUGUAAAUUUUUGAAUGAUAGUAAACUUCUGUAUAAUUUUGAAUGAUAAUGUACUUCUGUAUAUAUUGAAUGAUUAUGUAAUUCUGUAUAAUUCUGAAUGAUUUUGUACUGGAGUAUUAUCUAAACGAUAGUAUACUUCUGUAUAAUUUUAAAUGAUUACGCAAUAUAGUAUAAAAUUAUUUUGUACUUCUGUAUACUUUUGAAUUAUAGUAUACUUCUGUAUAGUUCAAACGAUUACUUUUUUCUGUAUAGUUUUGAAUAAAAAUGUACUUCUUGACAAUUUGGAAUGAUAGUAUACUUCUGUAUAAUUUUGAAUAAAAAUGUACUUCUUGACAAUUUUGAAUGAUAGUACACUUCUGUAUAAUUUUGAAUGAAAAUGUGCUUCUUGACAAUUUUGAAUGAUAGUAUACUUCUGUAUCAUUUUGAUUGAUAAUGUACUCCUGUAUAUAUUGAAUGAUUAUGUAAUUCUGUAUUUAUGUAUAUAAUUCUGAAUGAUUUAGUACUUGAGUACCAUUUUAACGAAAAUAUACUUCUGUAUAAUUAUAAAAGAUUGUUUUUUCUGUAUAAUUUUGAAUGAUAAUGUACUUCUUGAGAAUUUUGAAUUAUAGUAUAAUUCUGUAUAAGUUUAAAUGAUUAAAUACUGAAAAAGAAAAAAAAAAUACUUCUGAAUGGAUGUGUACUACAGUAUAAUUCUUUUAUUUAAUGAUGGUAUAAUUUUGAUAAUUUUGAACGAUAAUUAUCUUCCGAAUUUAACUAAUAAUUUUUUAAUGAUAGUUUACUUUUGUAUAAUUUUGAAUGAUUGUAUACUUCUGUAUACCUUUGGACGAUAUUUUACUUCUGUAAAAUAUUGAAUGAUAGUUUACUUCUGUUAACUGCUGUAUAAUUUUGUAUGAUAAUUUGAAUGAUAAUGCACAUCUGUAUAAUUUGAACGAUAAUAUACAUAUCUAUAAUAUUCGAUGAUAAUGAACAUCUGAGCAAUUUGAACGAUAAUAUACUUAUCUACAAUAUUCGAGGAUAAUGAACAUCUGAGUAAUCUGAACGAUAAUAUACUAAUCUAUACCGUUGAAUGAUAAUGUACAUCUGUAUAAUUUGAACGAUAAUAUACUUUUUCUUUAAUGUUGUAUGAUAACGUUUUUGUGUAUACAAUUAUGUAUCAUGAUAGCGUACAUCUGUAUAUAAGUGUAUGUAAAGGUGUGCAUGUAUGCUAUGUUUGUUUGAUAAAGUAUUAAGUAUG